UGAAAUCCUGAAAUGCGCUUUAGAAUGAAGGCUGCGUUAGACGGAAGCUCCGCUGCCCCGACAAUACCGUUUAUCACUGGGACAUUUUCUCCUCGUGCUGUUUACUGAGGAUGCAUCAAGUCAUGCUCCGCUGUCAAUUCAAAUUGCCUUUUAAAUGAGCGGAUUUGUAACGUUUAGGAAGAAGACGCUGAUACGCCACAGAUGCUUGACUUUUCUGUUGUCAGAUAACAGGACAUGAGUCUCCAAGGGACCCGGCUACGGUGCAUAUGAAGUAAAGGACUUAACAUGAAUUAAAAGGAAAUAAGCGGCAUAACACGACUUCGUUCCAACUUUUAAUAACCAUCGUCUUUACACAAUGGACCUUUUUCUGGUGUAUUUGACGUUAGCUUUUGCUAAACUGGUUGUUUCUAUUCAUCCUGACUGUUCAAUACAUCUAGUACUUUCAAAAGCUGAAGAGACCUGCCAAGAUAAACUGCCUAACAAACCAGUGAAUAUAACAGAAGCAUCUGAAUGCCCGACAGAAUGGGAUGGACUGUGGUGCUGGCAAUCUACUGAAAUUGGAAAAACGGUCAAUGUAACGUGUACUGAUGUUUUCAGUCACUUUCCCGUCAAUCAAGGUUAUAUUUACAGAAACUGCACUUCCAGAGGUUGGACAGAUUUAUUUCCAUCUUACAUAAAAGCGUGUAACUUCAGUGACGAGAUUUAUGGGGAAGCAGAAAAUAUGAAACUACAACUUUCAACCCUUCAGAACAUCUAUACUGCAGGGUACUCGGCAUCUCUGGCAUCACUAACAACUGCCAUAUUUGUCUUCCUGUCAUUCAGGAAGUUUCAUUGCACCAGGAAUUACAUCCAUGUUAACCUCUUUGCAUCUUACAUUCUCCGGGCCACAGCUGUUUUUAUUAAAGAUGCUGUACUCUUUGGGGAUGACAGCACAGAUCACUGCUCCAUGUCAACGAUUGCGUGCAAAUUAGCUGUUGUAUUUUUCCAAUUCAGCAUUUCUUCAAAUUUUUAUUGGUUACUGGUGGAAGGCCUGUAUCUGCAGACACUUCUGAUGUUAACAUUUGUGUCAGAGAAAAAAUAUUUUUGGAGGUAUUUUUUCUUAGGAUGGGGUGUCCCAGUUACAGUCAUAUCAAUCUGGGUCUUGGUCAGGAUAUAUAAUGAUGAUAAUGGGUGCUGGGAUGACAAUAAACAUAUCAGUGUGUGGUGGAUAAUCAAAGGUCCAAUUCUUCUAGCAGUACUGGCGAACUUUGUUAUAUUUCUCAAUGUUAUCAGAGUGCUCGUCGAAAAGCUGAAAACACCUUCUGUGGGAGGAAGUAGUUCAAGCAAGCAUCUGAUGAGACUUUCAAAAUCCACAUUGCUUCUAAUUCCGCUCUUUGGAGUGCACUACAUUGUCUUUGCCUUUUUCCCAGAGGAUACUGUUAUUAAUGCAAGAAUAUUUAUUGAGCUUUGCCUUGGCUCUUUCCAGGGUUUUGUUGUGGCAUUACUUUAUUGUUUCCUCAACGGAGAGGUUCAGUAUGAAAUGAAGAGGCGCAUGGGGAAGUGGCACAACCGGGCAUAUUGCAGUUUUACACAGAAACGCAGAAGCCAUUCCACAGAAAUCAGUGCAGUAAACUUUGUGACCCAACUCUCUAUGCUUGAAAAACUUAGCCCUACAAGAAGGCCUUCAGGAUACCACAGUUGUGUGUCCUCUGUUUGACUUUCUAUAAGCCAGGGUUAAAAUUAUAAACAUAUAUUAGAAGGCCAGAAUCCUAUCAAUAAAGAAGCUUAUAAAUGCAGACUAAAAACUGUAAGUGUGCUCAUCUGUCAGGUGAUCAGAAUUUAAAAGCAUGGAUUUGGAGGCUUCACUCACAAUCCAGGUACUGUAUAUGCUUUUUUUAUUGGAAUGUACAUAAAUAGAAGUAACUAAUACAAUUUACAUUCUUUUUUAAAUGCUACUUUGCAACUCUUUUUCUGUUUAAUUGUGUGGAAUUUACUUAUUGUUCAGAGUGGUAAAAUGGGAAAAAAUGUUUUAGUUUUCAUAAAAAAAAGUGAAUGUCCAAAUUCUGAUUCCAGUUUUUGUCAAAAAUAAGAGUUAAAAAGCAUUACAUUUAUUUGAAAAUAAAUGUUGCUUACAAUACAUUUUAUACUAAUACUUUUCAGUAUUUCACAUACAUUUUAUUUGCACCCUGUUUAUAACAGAUUUAUUAUUCUAUUCCAUAAAAUUAUGGUUUAAUUACCUUGUAGGUUUAUUUUGUGAAGUUUUGCAAUGUCAAGUUCAUAUAACACUCAGUGUCAUCCUAUAAUGAAUUUGAAAAUCAGUAGUGUGGCCUAGUGGUUAGAGCUCUGUCCUUAAAAGAUGGAAUACAUCAAAAAUAUAUGUUAGAAUAUAUUUUUAAUAUAUGUUGUAAAUUACUUAAUCAAUAAAUAUAUUAUUGCAGUAUAUUGCAGAAUACUGAAAUGUAUUGUAAAAUAUGUAAAUUAUUGCCAUUUUUGUAUAUUGCAAUAUGUUUUCCAAGAUAUAAAAAAUACACUUACUAUAUUUUAAAAGACUAGGAAUAAUAUACUUUAUAUCAUUUUUUUGUUUGUAUUGUUUGUAUUUUAAGAUACUGAUCAGUUUUGUAUAUUACAGUAUACUUUAAAAAUGUAUUCACCUGGAAUUGAAAAUAUCAUACAAUAGAUAUCUCUUAGUUGUUUUUGAGAUAAAUCUUACAGCAGUAAUUCUCAGUCUCUGGUACGUGGAGUAGUAUGUGAAGAACGCAA